GCCCCGGGAGGCUCUCCCCAGAGUCAGGCAGGCGGCAGCGGCGGCAGCAGCGGGAGCGGCGGCGUCUCCUCGCCCUCCCUGCCUUCCUCCCUCCCUUCCCUCCCGGACCCGGCCGCUCAGCCCGACAGGUAUGGCCCUGACGGUGGACGUCGUGGGGCCAGCGCCCUGGGGCUUCCGCAUCACUGGGGGCAGGGAUUUCCACACGCCCAUCAUGGUGACCAAGAGCCAGAGGCCUGCUUCUGGGAGUGUUGGCCCAGGGAGUGCUGGGGCCCUGUUGCCAUGGGGAUGUGGUGGCCAGGUAACUGAGCGGGGCAAGGCAGAGGCUGCUGACCUCCGGCCUGGCGACAUUAUUGUGGCCAUCAACGGGGAGAGUGCCGAGGGCAUGCUCCACGCUGAGGCCCAGAGCAAGAUUCGACAGAGCCCCUCACCCCUGCGGCUGCAGCUAGACCGAUCCCGGGCUGCCUCUCCCAGGCAGACCAAUGGGGAAAGCUCCGUGGAGGUGCUGGCCACGCGUUUCCAGGGCUCUGUGAGGACACACACUGACAGCCAGUCCUCCUUCCGGUCCUCCUGCUCCAGCCCAGCCUCCCUCAGCCCCCGAGCAGGCAGCCCCUUCUCCACCCAGUCCCCCACCGGCCCUCACACCUUCACUGGAGAGGCGGUGAUCAGCCGGAAUUUCCAGAGCCUGGCACAUGCCCCGGGACUCGCUGCUGCUGACCGUCUGUCCUAUGGGAGCCACCCUGGAAGCCGGCAGGCGGGUCUCGGCCGCGCUGGCACUGGCGACUCGGCUGUUCUGGUGCUGCCGCCUUCCCCAGGCCCCCGUGUCCCCAGACUCAGUGUGGACUCAGAAGGGAGAAGCCAACUCCUGGGAGAAGACUCAGAAGUCUUCAAGAUGCUUCAGGAAAAUCGUGAGGGACAGGUGGCCCCCCGACAGUCCAGUUCCUUUCGGCUCCUGCAGGAAGCCCUGGAAGCAGAGGAGAGAGGUGGCACGCCUGCCUUCCUGCCCAGCUCACUGAGCCCCCAGUCCUCCCUGCCCACCUCCAGGGCCCUGGCCACCCCACCCAAGCUCCACACGUGUGAGAAGUGCGGCACCAGCAUUGCGAACCAGGCUGUGCGCAUCCAGGAGGGGCGGUACCGCCACCCAGGCUGCUACACCUGUGCCGACUGCGGGCUGAACCUGAAGAUGCGCGGACACUUUUGGGUGGGGGAUGAGCUGUACUGUGAGAAGCACGCCCGCCAGCGCUACUCAGCGCCCCCCACCCUCAACGCCCAGGCCUGAGCACCUGCUGCGCUCUCGCCCCGCCCUGGGAACCUCUGCGCCUGGGCCAUGCCGAUGGCAAGUUGGCAUAGAAGGGUGACGGUGGGUGGUAGGGCCCCUUCCUUCAGGCUGGAUGUGGCCAGAGGCUGGGGCCUGUCUUGGGGUGUGGGUGAGGGCAGCCUCACCUUCCCGGGUUUUUGCUAGAUGCUCUUGCUUCCCCCCGCAGGACAGGUUCUGCACCAAAGUCUGAGGUGGGCUCUGCAUUGGACAUCUUUGUGCAAUAGGGGUUAAGCAGGCUGGGUCAUGGGGAUUAGCAUCUAGAAGGAUAGGGGCGGCCCAGAGGCUAAAGGUAUUCACUGUGUAAAGUUUCCAACGUGUGAACUUGAUAAACAUGUAUAUAUACACACAGACAUACAAAGAAAAUAAAAUAGCUGGCCCUCUUCCCUGUCCUUUCCUGGCCCAGGGCCCUGGGGAUGAGGUUCUCCCUACUACUGGA